AUGGAGUUGCCCAGCCAGAUACUUUCCAGUUCUUUUUUUGCCAAUCAUUGGUUGACGUGUUUUAUUGGAGCCGUUUUACUCUUCGUUGUCUAUCGAAGAAUUACAACUCCUUUGUCUCAUUUGCCUGGUCCGGAGAUAUCAAAAUGGACAAGUGCAGUAUAUACAUACUACUACCUGAAAGGAACGAUGCCAAUAUAUGUCCAUCAACUCCACGGAAAAUAUGGUCCUAUUGUACGAAUUGCUCCAGACCAAGUCGACAUAUGCGAUGCCGAUGCCGUGAAAGAAAUUCACAGGACGAACAGUCGCUUUCUCAAAACAGACUUCUACCGCAAGCUCGUCUCAAAUGCUGCCCAUAAUGUGUUUUCUACCACAGAUACUAGAUUCCAUUCCUUACGCCGACGUCUCCUGGCAUCCCCUAUAUCGGAUUCUUCUCUGACCCGUCUCGAACCUUUGAUAGCAGAGAAGAUCAAUUUAACGGUCACAAGAAUCUGCCAGGAGAUGGAGUCGCGUGGGGUGGCCGAUGUAUUCAAAUGGUGGCUAUUCAUGACCACGGACAUCAUUGGAGAACUCAGCUUCGGACAAUCGUUUGGAAUGCUUGAGUCUGGAAAGAAAAACCAAUACAGUCUCGAUCUGGAAAAGCUCUCAUCUUUUGGUGCUAUACGCACGACAUUCCCCUUCCUGAUCAAAUUUGGAAAAUACAUUCCGCUGCCAUUAUUCAAAGAAUCAGCGGCAGCAGCCAAUAGACUUACCCUAUAUUCGGCGCAGUGUGUUGGGCAGUAUAAAGAGCAUCUGGCUCAGAAUCCAUUGGACGCCAAACAAACUCUGUUUACAAAGUUGUUCGACACAGAAAAGAGUGGAUUAUCGAUGGCAGAUAUCAGACAGGAAGCACAGUCAUAUAUUGUUGCAGGCAGUGACACUACUGCGGUAACAAUGAGCUAUCUCACCCACGGCGUUUGCAGCGACAGUCGUGUGCGAGAGAAGCUUAAUGCAGAGCUGGAUAGUAUCCCUAGCCCGAUCACAGACAAAAGUCUCAGAGAUCUACCGUAUCUCAAUCAGGUGGUUAACGAGUCUCUGCGGUUGUAUACGGCUGUUCCCGCUGGUUUACCGAGACUAGUGCCAGAGGAGGGAGCCGAUUUCAAUGGAUACCAUCUGCCGGGUGGGAUCACGGUAGCAACACAGUCUUAUAGUCUACAUCGAGACCCCAAAAGAUGGGAAAAUCCCACUAAAGAGAUGAAAGAUGUUUUCUUGCCUUUCGGUGGUGGCUCAAGAAUUUGUUUGGGAAUGCACCUUGCUCGAAGGGAACUUCGCCUUGCUACAGCGCUCUUCUUCCGAGCAUUGCCUGAUGCUCGACCUUCAGCGAAAGAUGGAAUGUCAGACAGCGAUAUGAAGAUGGUAUCAUCUUUCCUGAUGGCUCCAGAAGGCCACCGCUGUCUGAUUGAGGCAUAG